CACACACUAAAAGUUUACGCUGAGCGCUUGGGUUUUCAUUACGCAAGAUUCCCAGCUUGGAUUUGGACCGCUUACUCUAAUAACUGUUGUUUUCAUUGUGAAUCUGAAGAUAUGUACAUUGGUUUCAUUAAAGAUUCAGAGCCUCUGCAUGCUCAUCACAGUAAGCUGUAAUGGAACAGCAAAGAUUUUCAGGAGAUGCCAUUUAAACCUGCACACUUAUAAAGCACCAAUGACUUGAAAUCUCUGCAGUGACUUACUGGCUUAAUGAUUUCUUCCAUGGAUGUCAUUCUGAACUUGAUAACACCAGACUGCUCUCCAUCCACCUCCCCAACCAACACCCUCCACACGUGCGUGCCUUCCACCUGGUGAUCUCAUUAUCUCUGACUCUUCUCACCGGCGUCCCACACCUGAUCCUCAUUUAUUAUCUAGUUCUUGUCGUGUCUAGUUUUACACUUUGGAUAUUCACCGUGCUCUCUGCUGCCUUUGCCCCGUUAGAUUCCCCGCCCGGCUGUCUUUCUCUCCCGAUUGGUGUGGCAUCUGUCAAGUCUUUGUGAACUCUCAAUCAUUGGACUCUCCAAGCGAUAUUCUACACCUUGCGCUGUCCAGCCGCAGUGCGCACUAGCGCGUAAUUCUGCUGAAGACGCUGACAGCCGCAGUGCGCUCUAGUGCGUAAUUCUGCUCAAUGCUCUGACUGCCGCAGUGCGCUGUCCAGCGCGCAUACUGCUGAAGACUCUGACCGCUUCUCUCUCUCUCUCUGUGCCCCGCCAGGAUUCUCCCUCCGUGCCGCCAGGACUUCGUCCCAGUGUUUACUGUGUUCCGUGGAUGUCUGACAGCCCGGCUGUGUUUCCCACAUACUGAGCUUCUGGAGGAGAUUGCCUGGGUCCGCCUCGCUGUGUCAUCUCUUCUCCUUUUCUGCACACACGGACACAGAGAGUUCUCCAUUAUACAUAUCUGAUCCACCUAGUGUUUCUCUUCUAUAUAUUUUGCAUCUGAUUACAUUGAGUGUUUUUCUCUUAUACAUACUCUGUGAAUAAAACCUCUGCGCUGGGAUUCCGGUCUUGUGUCAUUCCUAACAGGACGAACUUGCCAAGAUGGAUCCCGCGGAGGUUGAGGACUUAUCUGCCCAUAUGUCGGACCAGCUCAGUGUUGAUGCCACCCAACCCAGUCAGUCGUUACAGACGGAACCUCAUGUUACAGCCCCACCUCCAUAUGAUGGUAAUCCCACCUCUUGCCGGGCAUUUCUGUCACAAUGUUCUCUGGUUUUUGCCCUCCAGCCCCGCCGCUAUUCCUCUGAGCACACCCGGGUGGCGUUUAUGAUUACCCUUCUGGUUGGCAAGGCGCGCGAGUGGGCUACGGCCGUGUGGGAUGCUCGCGAUCCUUGCUGUCGGUCGUUUGGUGAGUUUCGCGAGGAGAUGGAGAAGCUCUUUGACCGUUCAGUGCGCGGGGACGCCGCUGCGGCUCGGCUGGCUCUUCUGGUUCAGGGAGGUCUUACAGUCACCGAGUAUGCCAUAGAGUUUAAGACCUUAGUGGCUGCCUGCCACUGGAAUGAAGCGGCUCUUCGAGCGCAGUUUGCGAAGGGGUUGUCUGAUGAUCUCCAUGAUGAAAUCGCUGUUCACGAUCUUCCCCCCACGCUGGAUGCCAUUAUUGAUCUGGCUCUCCGGAUCGAAGCCCGGAGAAUGCUCCGCAACCAGCGACGUUCUCUUCGCCAGCGAACUUCUACAGACGAGACCACCGCUUCCCCCUCUUCUUCUUCACACCCUGUCAGGUCGGAGCCCAUGCAGCUGGGGCGCAUGCGCCUGUCACAGAGAGAGAGAGAUAGACGCCUACAGAAUUCUCUGUGUUUGUAUUGCGGGAAGCCCGGACAUCUUGCGAAGACUUGCCCGUUAAAAGGCCGCAGCCCUUCAGUGAGCCCAGGAGUCCUGGUGGGCGUCACUACUUCUAAACUCUCUCCUGUCUCCAGUACCCAACUCCCCGUCAUGUUGCCCUUCGCUGGGCGUGAUCAUCCGUCCACUGCCCUUCUCGACUCUGGAGCGGAGGGCAACUUUAUUGAUUAAGCUCUGGUUCGCGCCUGGGGUGUUCCGGUUGUCCCUCUCCAAUCCCCUUUGGAUGUCUGGUCCCUUAAGGGGCAGCAGAUGGCACGAAUUACACAUUGCACCUCUCCUGUGAGUCUUUCUGUGUCUGGUAAUCAUUGUGAAAAGAUUGUGUUGCACCUCCUUCAUGCCUCUCUCUCUCCUAUUAUUUUGGGGCAUGCAUGGUUGGCGCAGCACAAUCCUCACGUUGAUUGGCAACGUAAUGUUAUUUUGUCUUGGUCUCAAUCUUGUCAUGUGUCUUGUCUUGGUUCUGCCUUUUCUGGUUCUGUUCUCUCUCAUCCUCAGGUUCCGGUGGUCGAUUUGACCGGGGUCCCGGCGGAGUAUGCGGAUAUCGCUCAGAUCGAUAGGCUGGAGGGCAGUCUUACCCAGGCUGUGCUAUCUUCAUCGUUUGUGGGUGAUGGUUUAUUAGUGGGGUCAGAGGACACAAGUCUUGACCCCCAACGCACACGGCAGGCGAUUUCACAACUGCAGCAAAAGAUCUUGAAACUUACAGAGCAGCUGCGCAUCGAACAGGCAGCUCGUGAUGAGAACGUUGCAGAGUACCUCAAACUGGCCAGCAAUGCCAAUGACAAACAACAGAGCAUGCGUAUUAAACAGGUAUUUGAAAAGAAAAAUCAGAAAGCAGCAGCAAGCAUCGCCCAGCUGCAGCGCAAGCUUGAACACUACACUCGCCGCCUCCGUGACUCUGAGCACAGUGGCAUUCAGAGGCACCCCAAAGAUGUUUUGCGGGACAUGCAACAAGGUCUGCGGGAUGUGGGUGCAAGGGUCAUUUCGGGGCUCAGCGAAGGAGUUGUAGACAGUGUUAAAGGUGGACUGUCAAGCUUUUCUCAUGCCACACACUCUGCCGCUGGUGCUGUGGCAUCCAAACCUCGUGAGAUUGCCUCAUUGUUUCGCAACAGGUUCGGGAGUGCUGACAAUAUAAAUAUUCUAAAGGAUAGCAUGGAGGAGGGUUAUGAUGACAUAACCCCUGCAGGGCGCUCUCUAGGAUCUGCUGGUGGGCACCUGCAAUCAAGUCCGAAAUUUGGAAGCGACGAGGAUUGUUCAAGCAUUACCUCUGGAUCUGUGGGAGCCAACAGCAUGACAUGGGCUCCUGGAGGCCCACCCAGCUCAAGGGGUAACACACUGGAGAGGGCACACAUAAGCAGUCUGAACAUGUUAACUCAUGAGGUGCAGGAGCUGCGUGAUGCACAUGUGCGGCUAGAUGAGACAGUGGAAAAUCUGAAGGGCAAUUAUCUUAAGGAGUGCACGCUCAUGAUGCAGGCAUUACAGGAGGAGAGGUUUAGGUGUGAGCGUUUGGAGGAACAGCUAAAUGAUCUAACUGAGCUUCAUCAGAAUGAAAUCUUGAACCUGAAACAGGAGCUGGCCAGCAUGGAGGAGAAGAUUGCAUAUCAGUCCAAUGAGAGGGCCCGUGACCUACAGGAUGCUCUGGAGGCUUGUCAGACACGCAUUUCUAAGAUGGAGCUGCAACAGGUGGUGCAGUUGGAAGGUUUGGAAAAUCCUACAGCGCGCACUCUUCUAGGCAAACUCAUCAAUGUACUGCUGGCACUUAUGGCCGUCCUGCUUGUCUUUGUGUCUACUGUUGCCAACUGUGUCAUCCCACUGAUGAAGACACAAAUCUGCUCGGUUUCCUCAAUGGUGCUCUUUGUCCUCUUUACUGUCCUUUGGAGGAACUGGGACACCUUCUCAGGACUAACCUACAGCAUACAAGACAAUUGGCCACGUUAUGACUGAAUGAGAUAUCAGCCAGUUCCCUAGUAGUUUGAUUUUGCAGUGUAAAGCAAAGUACAUACCAAGCUGAUGGUCAGCAGUCUGGCAGGUUUUGAGCGUCAUCUAACUCAAUUUUUGGUGCGUAAUUUUGUGUGUCCCUACCUUAAGACUUGAUGAACUACUGAGAACAUUUUCUGUAUGUUUACAACUUUCAAGUUUUCUCAACCUCGAAGGGCUUUGGCACCUUGCUUUUGCCUGAUAAUAAUAUUUGUGUUUUAAGUAAGUAUUAUUUUUUAAUUAACUAGUUUAAUGUAACCAGCUUCACAUGAGCCCUUCAGUUUCAAUGAAGAAGAAUUUAAUUUUAAUAUUGCUGGGUGCUUUUAGGGGUUGUAUGAACGUUCAGCUGUGAUUUACAGCAACUUUAGCCAGUUAUCAUUGGUGUUUUUACUGGAGUGUGAAAGCAGCACUUCUAUUUUGGAAGACCUGCUUUCUGCUCUGUAAAAAGUUGGAUCAACUUAAAAAAAUUACUUUAAUUGUAACACCUAAGAAGGAAACUUUAAAUUUUUACUUUAGUUUCACUAAAACAAUGAAGGCCAAACUGUCCAAGACCGUAAAGGAAGCAAAGGUGCACAUGUCGAGAAUACACAGCCAUUUCCGGGACUGACAUGUUUAACACUAAGGCGCUAUGAGCAUCUAAACAUUUUUAUUUGAGCCUUUUCACUUUUUAAAGUGUGGAAAAACAGACUGAUGGAUGUACAAGUGGACUUCUGUAUUGUGACAAAAUGCUGAUCAAAACAUGUUGAUUAAAAAAAAUGUAUGCACCUUUUCAGAGGUGCCUGCUCACUCUAGCAUCAGGGAAAUAGUGUACUGUACUAAAGUAGGGCUUAUUUUUGUUGUUAUUGGUUAAAUUAGGUUUUGAUAUGUCAAAAACAAAACUAAACUAUACAUUUUUGUGUUUACUGUAUUUAGUUUUUAUAAAUAAUGAUGAUUUCAUGAUCUUAAAGCAAGUAAUCUCAACUGUUGUUGUUGUUUAAUAUAUUAAUGACAAUCAUUCUCA